GUCUGGACUCCACUGGAUCUCGGAGUGACCUCCUCAGAUUGUCUAAUGAAAUGAAAUCGAGGCAAACGAGGCUGGGGAGUCAUCAUGUGCCCAUGUGGCAUAGUUUACAGUUUAAAAUGCAAUCUUCGAGCAGAAAGCCCUCGGGAUUUUGCUGACCUUCUGUUCUCGUGGAAGCAUAUGCCGAACAUCAUCAUUUAUGACUUCGCACGCGGUUUAGCAACACAUGCCAAUCUAAGGGCACCAGAAAGCAUUCCUAUUCGUCCAUAUGAAGGACACUUAGCAGAACCCACUCAAGAAAACAUUACACUUGCCAAAUCUGGAAAUCUGAAAGUGUCCUUGCCUUGGCUGGAGGAAAAAAAGAGUGCAAGUGAUCCUCAAGGACACCCACUGACCGGGUCUUCUGAACAUUAUGUAUUGUCUGACCGUUUUCACGAGAGCAAUACCAAAGACAGCAGAGAUGUUCUGAGGAAGAUCACUAUAGUGCCUCAACUAGCUGGCAAAAUAAAUAGCCAGGUUGCAGAGCAACUCUUCUCAAAGAUGAGGAAAAAUAACUACUACUUGAACAUGUCUCAGCCAUCAACACACCUCUUUCAAAUGAGGACAAUAAUUCACCACUAUAACGAAAACAAGAACAAAAAAGUGAGGACUAGAUUAAUGAAGACUUUUGGAUCAAAGUUGGUGAUGAAUAUGCAUGGACAGGCUGUUCUGGAAAAUUCUGACAUCUCUAUUGAUGAGCCAGUCCCCACAGACAUUGAGAUGGAGGACACGACCCCGACAUCCAUGAUGGUCCCAACCAGUACAGAACAUGAAAUAGCGUGUAAGAUCAAACAUCUCUCUGCCAGUAGAGUUUGUUGGGAUUGUCUGCCAAGCCAUAGGCAAUCAGCCAUGCCUGAAUGGGCUUUGGGGACAGGCGACAAAGAUGAGACAAUUGCUGAAGUCGGGAACUUUGUUCUGAAAAGGAAAGAUUUCUGGACUCUAGGUCUCAAUGAGCAGUUGGAGGCAACAAUUGCAAACAGCUGUCUUGAGGUAAUUGCAUUGGUGGCUAAGGAACGAGGAAUGGAUGUGUGGACAGCUAAUGCAUAUGUUGUGGUGACCUUGUUGCCUCCACAUAAUCUGGACCCAUCCUUGUCAUUUCCAGAUUUCAUUGCGCUGAAAGAUUGCAUUGUCUUCCCUGCUUGGAAGCCAGGACACUGGAUGUUGUGUGUACGUCAUUUGUAAUCUGGCUAUUUAACUUCGCAGUGCUGUCUGGAAAUUGUCUGCAUUUGUCUUAUCGCAAUUAAGAGAUACCAUUUCAUGAUAAAGAACUACUAACUAUAUU